AUGAAGUGCCGGAAGGCCCCGGGCCCGGAUGACAUCUGCGCGGAACAUCUGCGCCACCUGGGCCCGAUUGCCAAGGACGCGCUCCUCCGCCUGAUGAAUCAGACCUGGGCCUCGGGUCUCACGCCGUCGGCGUGGCGGAGGGCGACCAUCGUCCCGAUCCCCAAGGCAGGGAAGGACCCAAAAUUGACCUCCAGCCACCGACCGAUCGCCCUCACCAGCCACCUCGCCAAACUCGCCGAGCGACUGGUCGCUGCGCGACUCACACACGUAGUCGAGCGCGACGACCUAAUCCCAUGCGAGCAGGUCGGCUUCCGCCGGGGCAGAUCGGCCGAGGAAAACCUGGCUAGACUUGUUCAGCGCGUGCAAGAUGGAUGGAACAGGCCGAAACCAAGGGGAAAGCCGGUUGACGGGAAGACCGCCGAAAAGUUCGCCCUACUUGCGUUUGAUUUCUCCAGAGCCUAUGACGUCAUAGACCACAGGAUGCUCCGACUGAAACUGCUCCGGCUCGGAGUACCCAAGUGCCUGACGAACUGGGUCUGGGCGUUUCUCCGAGACCGUAGAGCGGCUGUGGUGGUCAACGGCACAAGAAGCAGAGAGCGUCCCUACCGAGCCGGCCUCCCCCAGGGCAGUGUGCUGGCCCCCACACUAUACACGCUGUGGGCCGCGGACCUGAUCACCGCCCUGAGGUCUGUUCCCGGUACCGAAAUCUUCAUGUACGCUGACGAUACAGCGACCCUCAGCAGCGGAGCCACAAUAGAGCAGGCGGGGAGACGAGCCCAGCAAGCAGCGGACACCAUCUCCGCGUGGGCUGAUCGAUGGAAGAUGCGCGUCGCUGGGGAGAAGACCCAGGCGCUUGUUCUGUCCCAGUGGGCCCGCGACGCAUCGAGGCUCUCCAUCCGGGUCGCCGGAGCGGAGGUCACCGGUGGUACCACACUGCGUCUCCUGGGCGUCUCCUUCGACCGGCUGCUACACUUUGGAGCCCACUGCAACGAACUACGUAAGAAGGUGCGCCCCCGUACGGCCCACCUCCGUCGCAUGACCGGUAGGAGCUGGGGCCUGACCGAGCGGCAGCUGAGAACUGUCGCUAACGGCUACGUACGGGGUGCACUAGAGUAUGCGGCGGGUGCGUGGCUGCCUGCUGCAUCGGAGAGCCACCUCACUCUGAUCGACAGGGAGCUGAGAGCUGCCGCCAGGGUGGUGACGGGCUGCCUAGCGUCGACCCCGUCACACGCUCUGAUGGCGGAGGCGGGCCUUCCCACUGCACACAUGUGCCGCGACAUCAGAGCGGCGCGCCAGCUAGCUCUGGCGGCCUCGCUGCCUGCAGGAGACCCGCUCAGGACCCUGGCUGACUCGUCGCCACCAAGACGUCUCGCGGCGACCCUCGGCUGGCGAGACAGAGGCCGUGAGAUGUUCGCCCGCCUGUCGCCGGGGGGCGAGCCCCUCAUCAUCGAGGAGCGGCUCCAUGUCUCCGCCCCGCCUUGGCAGGACGGUGGAGAGGUGUCCUUCCACCUGGAUGUGGGCCCCGACGGCUCCAGGGAUCGCCCGCCGGAGCUGAGAAGAAGGGCGGCGGAGGAGCGGUUGGAGUCGUUCCCGGCGGACGCCACCUGGAUCUGGUCGGAUGGCUCUGCCGAGGAAGGAGUGCACCGCGGUGGAGGAGGAGCGCUGAUCGUGACCCACGACGGUGUCACAAGAGAGGUCCGAGUCGCUGCUGGCCGCCUCUGCUCAAGUACGCGAGCAGAGCUGUUCGCGCUGAGGGCCGCGCUGGAAGAUCUGACCUCUACACCAGACCGGGAUACGGCGCGCCCGAUCAUCAUUUGCCUUGACUCAAAAGCGGCACUGGCUCUCCUCAAGAACGGCCCAGCGGCCCAGCGGACGCCGGUAGCAGCCGACAUCUGGAAGGCGCUACAAGGCAUCAGUGCGACCGGCCAGCCCAUCCAGCUGCAGUGGGUGCCGGCGCACUGUGGGCUGCCGCUGAACGAAAGAGCGGACGGCCUCGCCAAGGAGGCCAGUGCCCUGCCACAAGAGGACAUACCUAUAGAUGUCACCACAGUGACCAGAGCGGCCGCCCGCUCAGCUUCUGCAAGGUGGAGGGAGGCCUGGCCGGACGGGUGGCACAAGGAGAUCUGGGGCUCCCGCCUGCCGGGCCCGGUGGAGGGCGAAGACCGCUGCUCUGCGAUCGACGUCCACCAGCUCCGAGCCGGCCACUGGUCCUGCUCGGAGCAGUACCUUCACCGCAUCGGCCGCCGACCGUCGCCUGGAUGCGAGCAGUGCGGCUCCGUGAGGUGCCCGGCCGCGCUGUGCCGUGUGUGCCGAGAGGAGGCCGACACUCCGCGGCACAUCCUGCUGCGCUGCCCGGCGCUGGCGGGACGCCGCCUGGCACGAGUGGGCACAAUCCACCCUACGGUGACCGAGCUACAGGACGACGGCGUGGUGGCGGCCUUGGCCGCCGGCUUUCGAGCCCAACUGAGCCGUCUGGCUACGCCCCCCUAG